AUGGCCUCCCGACAACCUCCCGCUGGCGCCCGUGGCACCAACACUAGAUUUGCGCAGUUCAAACUGGUUCUUCUCGGCGAAUCUGCUGUCGGAAAGAGUUCAAUAGUCUUGCGAUUUGUCAAGGAUCAAUUCGAUUCCUAUCGCGAAUCUACCAUUGGCGCUGCCUUCCUGACACAGACUAUUUCUCUUGAUGAGAGCACCACCGUCAAGUUUGAGAUCUGGGAUACCGCUGGUCAAGAACGCUACAAGUCUCUUGCUCCCAUGUACUACCGAAACGCAAACUGCGCCGUCGUUGUAUACGAUAUUACUCAAUCCGCAUCGCUAGAUAAGGCAAAGGCUUGGGUCAAGGAGCUCCAACGCCAGGCGAACGAGAAUAUCGUCAUUGCACUUGCAGGAAACAAGCUGGAUUUGGUCACUGAGCAGCCCGACAAGCGUGCCAUCUCUACCGCCGACGCCGAGGCCUACGCUCGUGAGGCUGGCCUUCUCUUCUUCGAGACCUCAGCCAAGACUGCCGAGAACGUUCAAACUCUUUUCACAGCUAUCGCUAAGAAGCUUCCCCUGGACCAGGCCGGUCCUCGACACGCACGACCAGGUCAACGACCAGGCGUCAGUCUGGCCCCCGAGAACUCCACCACCAACGUUAGCGGCCCCUGCAGCUGCUAA